AUGGAUUUUUCAGAAGCCGCUCGAGGAGGGCGCAGUGGAAGUCGCGGUGGCAGCAGUUCACGAUCGCGCAGUACUUCAAGAAAUAGUGGAUCUAGUAGAUCUAGGUCGUCAGGGGGAAGUAACACCGUUUACAAAACCACCAAAUACACACCGAUCCCAGUUAAGAGUAAGCGUUCGCCGGUCAUUGUAACUCAAACAACAAAGGGCUUGCGCACAAACACUUUUACGAAGGUUUUCGUCGGCUAUAUGGUGGUUCGCUACACUUUAGGCAAUGCCAAAGUUUACCGGUACGGGUAUCCCAUGUACCGAAGCUACGUCACCAUUCCCAAAGACCGAGCUGUGAGGCUUUCCUCUGAAGAAAGCAAACUCAUGGAUGCGGAUGGCAACUUGUGUGUGAACGAAACGAAGAAAGGGGAGAUGCAAAAUCUACGAGAGGGAAUCGACGAAUAUUUACUGGAACUCAACACAACAAUCACGUACAAAAAAACCGGAGAUGUACUCAGACGUACAGGAAUCAAUCAAACGGUGUCUCUGAAGGACAUCAAAGACGAGGAUUUUGUGCUCAUGAGCAAUGCUCGGUACAACACAACCAUCGUAAAUGGAACAAACUGCACACUACUCGAGAAGAAAGUUGAAGGAACCAUGGUGAUCAUGUACCAAACCAAUCCGAAUACCGCGGGCACAGUUUACAUCAGUUGUAAACUGCUUCUCGCUGGAAUUGCGCUUCUUCGUUUUCUUAAUAUGUAAAGAUUCGAAUUUUACUGCAAAAUAGUUUUACUAGUAAUUUGCAACUCGGUACAUUUGUAUUUUAAAGGUAAAUGUUUCUUUAUGUAAAUAAUACUGAUCGAUAUGUAUCCAAAAGCAAUUUUAAUCCAGAUAUUAUUGCAGUUGCAAUAACUCAAUGAUAGUUUUUUUUUCAAAGCGUUGAUUUAAAUUUUUAAAAUAUUUCAUAUCAACAGUAAUAUGGUAAAUAAGACAAGGCUUGGGACUCUAAAAAGCAUCUGUCUUUUCUAGUGAUAAGUAUGAAAUUAUUAAUAAGUAGGUUUCUUGCUGAGUGACAAUUUAAGAACCUUUCGCGUUAGUAACUUAAUAGUCUUUUUUAAUACUCUGUUUUUUUUUAUAUUUUCGCCGCAGCUUUUUUCCUGCGAGUCAAAAUAAAAUUGACUAUUAAAAUUACUCAUAGACAUUUCAGCCAUGACGCUGAAUUACUUUAUCCCAGUAAAAUUUUACUAACUUUUCAGAAACCGAAAUAUUUGCGUGUAUUUUGGUUUCAGAAAAAUCUUCUGCAGCAGGUAUAGAGGGCACUUUUUCUUCGGUUUUAGAACAACUUUGAGCACGGUUUUCCGACAAGAGUCUGUUUUUUUCGAAAGUUGUUUCUCAGUUUAUCCUCAUCAUGAUCACUUUAUCUUGUUUCAACAUAUUCCAUAUUAUUGGCAGUUUUCCAAUACAGUUUAUAAUUCAUAAAAAUAUUUCCUUUGGCGACACUGGCCAGACACACUGUUUUCAUUAUCUGUCUACAAAUACUACUCCGAAGAAAGUGAGCCAAAAUCAACUAACUCUAGUAUCAUGCCUACACGAGAAAGCAUGGAUCAGCAGAGAAAAAAAAUUCAGGCUAAUAACAAGAUUUCCCUUUUGCUAAAAGCACGGUCAAUCUUCCUGCUUGCGACACAGGCUGAAAUGUCGAAUUGUAUUCCCUUAAAAAAUUAGACUCCUACGUCUGCUUUCGGGCACUUGCGUCCGUUCUCACACGGUUCCGUCCGCUUUCAGCUAAUUGCAGUUGUUUUCUGACACCUGGGCCGUUUUUGAAAGUUUACUUACGACUUCGGACUUUCACAGCCGUUUCCUGCCAAUAACUUCCAAUUUGGACGAUUCUCGGCGAUUUUGCAAGUUCGUUUUCUCGGUUUUUCCGGUUUUUUUAUAUUUUUUUCAGUAUGUUUCCUUUCAUUUUUACGCAUACUUUGGUCUCGCGUUUGUAGAGUUACCGGUAACUUCGCCGACAUGUCUUGGUGUCGGCGAGUUAUCAUGUCGGCACAGUGACUGGUUACCUUUGCUAACCACCGUUGUUGGCUUUGUCGGCAGGGCCCAGUCGAUUAAAGGGCGGAUACCACUAUCCGCCGGAUAAAUCGCUAUCAAGCGGAUAAGUGUCAACAAAACGUAUCGUUCUAUCCAAAAGAUAGAGAUUUAUCUACUGGAUAGCUUAUUGAUCCUACGAACAACCGGAGCCUGGUGAAGACAGCGAGGGCUGAUGAAGUAGUCUGAAAAGGAGACUGGGAAGAAAGCGUUUAUUGGAUAACAUUGCAUAACAAGAUGGCGAACAAACUGAAGGAGAUGGGGGCUGACACGGCAUUCGCUAGAAAACAGCUCGAGAAACAUGGCUGGGCUGAAGGUAGGCAAAGUACUGAAUAGUUUGAUAAUCGAAAUUGAGACUUAAGGUGGAAUGAACUCAUAAAUAUCGUCAACGCAUUAAAAUGAUUAGUGCACAUGGACCGAGAGUCACACACGUGGACAGAACGGGAAUCGUUGAGAGUUCAUUAUUUUUGAAGAGCUCACGGCAUUCUAUUUCGUAUUUCUUUUACUAAGUGAAGAAAUGAUCCUUUACUAAUUUUUUGUCGCUUAUUUUACCCUAUGUUUUCAUUUGCUCAACAAGGGGGGCAUUGGGGCUUAUUACAAACCGCAAAACCGUAGAAAAAAUCAUCCAAAACCGAAAAACCGAAAAAAAAAAUCGAUUAAGACCGAAAACCGCAUGCAAAACUGUCAAAACCGAUACAUUUUCACAUCCCAGUUAUUGAAACCCUGAUCGAUCUGAUUUAUUGGUGACAAGUGGAGCAUACAGAGUAAACUACACUAAUUUCAUUACGGGAUUUAGAUACUAGAAGAUACGAGUGCCAUGGACUUGGCAUUCGUAUCAUCUAGUAUCUGCUUAAAUUAACAGCUGCUCUCUCGAGGACCUCGAGUGUGGUCUCUGCGGACUCAGCAGCUAGUAAUGGAGCCUACUUAAAUUAGGGAAAUUUGAACAAAAGUCCUUGAUAGGAUUGCAAUUUUGCAGUUGCAAAAAGCUAUAGCUCUGGAAAGUUUUCAUGAAAAUCCUUAAUCUACCAUUUCCAUUUGCAAACUAAGACCUGAAAGUUUGGAGAUUCUAUUGGAAUGUUGAAUCAAUCAGUCACACAUGGCCUGUAACUUGGUCACCAACUUCAAGGUGGCGUUGAUAAAGAAACUCUGGCAAUGUUCCAUGCUUAGCUGUACCCUACGUGUAGCCGUACCCUCCCCUCCCCCCCACCAUGGGGAAGGGGAGGGUACAGCUACAUGUAGGCUACCUAGGAAUACCUGCGAUAUUUUAAUUGGUUUGUCAUACAUUCCUCUCGAUAACAUUUGCAUUUAGCAGCUAUUCGAGAUCAGUGGAGGCGUGCAAUUGCUGCUCAGAUUGAAGAGAAACCGGAACCCAAAUAGGUCAAAUAGGAAAAACAGAAAACCACAUCAGAUAUCAAAUCCGAAAACCCAUUAGUAUUUUUUAUGAAAACUGAAAACCAAAUGCUAAAAAAUGGAAAAUCCACAAACCGAAAUGAACAGUAAAACCAAAAAACCGAAGUUUUUGGCAUAAAAACUGAAAAGCCAGUUUAAAAAAUAGCCAAAACCGUAAAACCGAAAAUCCCAAUGCCCAUCUCCUCAAUGCUUAUGUUUGCACUCUCGAGAACAUCAUCAAAUGAACUUCUUUUGCAUAUUAUUCACUUAUUUAUGAAAUAUUUAUUGAUAGUGGUGCCUAUUUUUCUUACUUUGUUGAGAUGGAAAGGUAUAUAAGAGAUUGCAUUGUGAGGAAAUGAAGGACACUGCAUGUUUCAUACAUGUAGCUCACUCCCAUGAGUGACUGAGGCAGAAUCUCUCCUUACCAUAUCUACACAAUAUCAAGCAGAAAAGUAAUGAGAACAUAGAAAAAUAUCAAGUAAGGAGAUUAUUAGUGGAUUCAAUACCAAAUUCUCUUAACAUAACUCAUAAGAAUGUAUGGUUAACAGUAGGGAGAAUUACUAAUGAGAUCUUGGGAGUGAAAGGGUUAAGGAGAGUAAAGACUGCUUGUCCUUAAGCCUUAGGAUUUUUAUGUUUCUUUCACAGGAAAAGGUCUAGGUAAAGAGGAAAGUGGGAUUUCUAAAGCAAUCAAAGUCAACAUUAAAACCGAUACUGCUGGGGUAAUGCACAUACAUGUAUAUCAUCAGUUGUCUUUAUUUAGUGUAUUUCAUAUCAGUCUGACAAGAAUGUAAAGGGGUAAGUGCUGCGUCAUUGAGAGAGUAUAACAGGGUUAUUUAGUUGCAUUUUCAACUGAGUUGAUAGCAUGAAUUGGCCACUAUAAAGAGUUUCAGAGCUAACAUUUUGAGCAUUAGCCCUUAGUCGGAGGGACUUCACUCUGACAAAGGGCUAACCCUCAGCUUUGAAACUCUUUACGGUGGCUAAUUUAUGUUAUAAACUCAGUUGUUAAUGCUAAAUUACCUUGGUGAAAAUGAAGUUAUUGAUGAAGACCACAGUGCCCACUGAAAAUGAACAACCUCUGAAACCUUUGUCUGGAUUGAAACCUUAAAAAACAUAAGAGUUGAUUUUUUUUCAUUAGUAACAAACAGAAGAUUUCUUUUGUGGAUUUUGUAAUAUAACUUUCUUUUUUUUUUUAACUUGGCUUUACUAAAGAAGGAGGUGGUUGAAACCUACCAACACUCAUAGACAGAAGUAUAAGUGCUGAUCAACCCAACUACUUGCCCAUACUUUUUAAAACAUUUUAACCACAGUUUUCACUUUUUCUUGUAACUGGGAAACAAUAAUGCACAUGAAGUCUUGGUGAGCUGUGAAACAGUGUUCUAAAGAAUUUAUUUGUAAGGGUAUUCACCUGAUUAUACCUCACUCUUUUUUGACAGCAGAGUUUGUAACUUCUCUAUCUCUCUCUCCUCGUAAUUUAUUUAUAUACUUAAUUAGUUUUCUUGUAUUUCUCUUUUUUACAAUAAGGUUGGCUAUGAUGCUGGUGAUCAGUUUAGUUUCCACUGGUGGGAUCAUGUCUUCAACAAAACAGCAAAGAGUAUAGUGGUACAGGAGAGCAAUGUAAGUACAUGUAACAGGGUAAUGUAGAGUUAUCGACUGAGUGAUUGAAGGGGUAAAGCUGGAAAUGUCAGCUUUGAAACUCUUUGGUGGCUAAUUUAUGCUGUCAACUCAGUUUAUAAUACCAAUUUACCCUGUUAUACUCUCUUACCAACACAGCACCACAGUUUCUUUAGAAACUUACCCCUUUGUUCAUAAGUACAUGUAAAUCUGCAGAAAUGGAAAUAUACUAGCAUUUUUGUGCCAAAAGAUCUAUGUGGGACUUUUUGGCUUUUAGCUUUGUACCCAUUUUGAUCUUUGAUUGGUCAAAAAACCUUUCCCCAUAUUUUCAACCCAUCAAAUGCAAGAUCAAAACCAUUUGUGCCUUGGUUAUCCAUAUUUUCCUCUGCUUCAAAUUAAAACCUGUAGAGCUCUUACAAGGCAAAGGGGGUAGUAUUUCUAUUUUAUGCCUCUCUGAAAGAGUUCUCUUAUCAUUUUAACCCUUUUAAAGAAGUAAUUUGACUCUAUUUGAGGCAUAAUGACCACAAGUGUCUAAAGUGGAUGGAUGUCAACAUUAACAAAUCGUUUUUUAUUGCUUGACUAAGGAAACUGAGGUUUGAUGGAGCAUCAUGGUCACCCUUAACUGGGCCCCAACCGCCUGUUUGUGUUGUCAUCCACCUGUAUUGAAUGGUCACAUAAAGUUGAACCACUCAAAUAAAACUAAGAAUAAACUUUCAAGCAAAAUUUAAGCCAGUUUUAUCUCCAUAAAUCAAUUUUAGUAGUAUUUUUGAGCAAAUGUUUGGACAUUAAGUGGUUACACAUAAUUAUAGCAUACAAUGACGUUGUUUUUCAAUGCCCCUUGUCUGAAGAAGGUGUAUUAAGCAGUCACCCAGCCAUUCCUUAUGGGUGACCACUUAAUACAAGUUUGACUGCAUUUUGUAUAUUUUGUCUAAAUUGAAAAUUACCUGAAUUUAUGGUCAUUAACAAAUUCUUAAUUGUUAUUUCCAAGUUAUUUGCUCUAAACAUAAAAAAAUUUUGACUUGAUAUUGAAGUAUUGCAGUAUUUGGCUACUUUUUUUGCAUUAUUGUCCUAUAUGUAUGAGCUACAUUUUUGUGAAAUGUUGUGGUGAGGUGUUGCGGUUCCCCUGUCAUCACUGUCUGUCAAAAGCUAGCAGUGUAGAAGUUGAAAAGAUCUUCAAGGAUUUUCAACAUAAUAUUGCAAGAACAACAAUUCAAGGUCCAUUUAUGUAUGAACCACAAAGAACAAAAAACACAAGUCAUAUAAGAAAUGCAACAGUGUGUCAUUUUGUUUUGUUUUUUCUCGUCACAUGCACAGGAUGGAGUAGAAGUAGUGAAGUCUGGUAAAGAAUCGUGUGUAAUUAGUAGUAAAAGACCAAGCAAGAAUUCAAACAAACCACUGUUAUAUGGCAGAUUUGUCAAGGUAUUUAAUAUUUGUUUUUGAAUAUUAUUCCUUAUUCUCUGCUUAGGCUUAGUUAAAGCCUUUCACUCCUGGGAGAAACCAAUGAGCAAGUGUAAUUUCUGUCAACCUCGUCAAGACAUUGCCUACCAGAAAAGCAAGGGUUUCAAUAACUUUUUCCAUAAGUGGUUGCUAAGGGCGUGACAGAUAGCUGUGUCCAGAAAAGUGCUUACAGACUGAGCAGAUCUACAGUGAGUCUCACAGGUGGUAGUAUACCACUGAUAACCAGCUUUCAUUGAAACCCCUGGAAAGGUGAUGAAACUGAAAAAUAUAAACUACGGGAUAUUGUUGGCUUUGUACUUAAUUCUCAGAAAUGUAUGGCAGAUAUUUAGGAGAAUUUCAAUGGAGAUCUUGGGAUUGAAAGGUUUACCAACUACUUGAGGAAAGAAAGAAUAAUGCUCCAUUCUUCAGAAGUUACUGUAGAUAACUUCUCAAAAUAUUCACUUGUCAAAACAAAACAAAAGCAUAUAUUCACUUGUCAAAACAAAACAGAAGCAUCUUAUUUCAUCUUUUCUUAACACUAUAAACAGAGAAUCCCUCCAUAGAGCAGUCAACAUUUGGAACAAUUUAGACAAAGACUUUAAAGACUAAAUAGUUAUCUUUAACAUCAUUUUAAAAAAAAAUGUUGAAAACGCACAUGUUAGAGAAUUAUUUUAAUUGACCGCUUUUUAUAAUUUUAUUCAUUUUUUAUUAUAAUGUUCUGUUAAUUAAUUAAUUAUACUGUUUAGUAUUGACAAGCCCCCCCCCCCUGGGAAUUACUAAUAAAGUAUAUAUGUAUGUAACUCUCAAAUAACUUAUUUUCCAUGUGUCAAAUAUCAGAUUGUCACAAAAAGCUAUUGCAAAUACAUUUACUUCCCAGUGUCUUUUCCUACUCAUGCACAUGAUCAGAAAUAUCGUUUUGUUUCAGUUGGCUCUCAAUUAUUAAUUUUGCUUUCUGUCUUUGCAGGCUUCCAGUCAAACUCCAAAAAGAGCACUCUCUGAUUCUGAGGAAGACACAGAUGAAGAACGUGAUUUCUCAAAUUUGUAUGUUAACUAUAUUCCUUGUUCUAUUCUAUUUAUUGUCACUCUACCUUGAUGUUCCAGCCCAGCAGGCAUUUCUCUUUUUCAAAGUCAUCUUACUUCAUAUGCGUGCGUAGUUUUAGACAUUAAAUGACACAUAUUGAUAAUAGCUGUUUUCUGUUCAACCACACAACUGUGAGGGGGUCUCUGCCUUCAUGGGCGGAAAUUUAGGGUCACUCAAAUGUUAUGAAUGGGUUGCUUUUCUUGUUUAAGUGAAUGACUGACUUUGCCAACUUACUCAGGUGCCUCAUAGCAUACUUAAAUUGAAAACUGUGGGUUGUUCAUUUUGAGUCACAAAACACCACUGAGGCACUGAAGCACGUGUAUGUAGGCUUCAAGAACUUGCUGUAAAACAUGUGAAAACACUGCAUUGAGGGAUGAAAUUUUUCAUAUACUUUUCAAAUGCUUUUCCUUUGCCUCUUGCAUGGCAAAUUUUGCUUGCAUGUAAAAUUUUCAGGUGAAAUAAGAUUUAAAACCUUGUGAAGACUAUGCUGAGAUCUUACCUUGAUUACAAAUGCCUGAAUACUCACAAAUAUGCGUGAAAUUCACCAGAAAGAUCUAGGAAUAUCCUAGCAGAGUAGCUGACGAAAAACAUGAAGAACCAGCUGCAUAGUGACCGGCUGUCAGCUACUUUUGACAACCCUGCCAAUCCCACUUUUUUUUUCAAUCCUAAUGAUUAAUUAUUGUAAUUUCUUUUUAUACUUUUAGAAGCACCGAGGAUAAAGUUUUUCAAGCCUGUGGCGGUAGAACAGCUCACAAGUAAGCGAGACUUUCUUACUGAAGCUUGGACUUAUUGAAAUUGUAAUUUACAAUGAUAUGCUUAUUGAAAGGGCGUUACAACUUGAGCCGGUGAUACACUCGGCGACUUUUAUACCAGUUAGCUAAAAUCGCCGGAUGUGCCCGGUGCAGCGAUUGAGAUUUACGCCGAUCGCCGCGAUCGGGGUAGAAAAUUGCCGAUAACUGGCAUUUCGGAUACGGGUAACUUUAGCUGGUGAUGUUAUCCGCCUCGAUCGGUGAGGAACAUCGCUAAGUAUGUCACUGGCUUUAGGCUCUAAUUAAUGAAAUACUAUAAUUUGUUACCAAGUGGUAGAGCAUCGAAGCGCAGAAUCCGAAGGUCUGAGGUUCGAUUCCUCAUGGGGACUCCGAAUUUUUUAUUUGUCGCACGCCCGUGACAAGACGAAAAACAUCUUUCUUAAGGAGCAUAUUGUUGUAAAAGAUACAUAGAUGUGUAGACGUAGAGACUAGUGCACAGUAAUCUAGAGGAAUCAAUUUCAAUCCUGUCAAAGCCUGAAAUUCUUUCAGGUUUCUUUUGGGUACCGUAAGGCCUCAUUCGAACUUCGGAUUCCUAUUCGAUAACUCUACCUUGAAGGCUUUUUUGGUUUCAGAUUGAUUUUCAAGGGUGUUACCGGGGCAUCUAUGGAAUAAUGGGCCAAGCUCGGGAUCCAUUAAGGGACUACUUUUCGUUUGCUGUCUAAGUCUUGACCUAUAGAGUCCCUCCUAAGUCAAAGAAGGGACGGAAAAUGUGUUGAGCGAUUUGAUGAUGAUUAUUGGGGUGAACUAAGCCGCGAGUGCGCGGUAUAUGAAGACUAAAACUCAUCUUACAUUUGUCAUGUCCUCAGAGCUGCUCGACAUGGGUUCCGGUUGAAUGGCAAACUCCAGCGAGUUCUGGAACAGGACAAAAUAGCUAUGGCAACAAACAGGUGAUUUAGAGUUGCGUUAGCUUACGCGUAAAUUUUUAAACUAACGUGAGUAAAUUGUGCUAAGAUGGUAAAUUUGACAUGUUUUACCUAAACAUGUGUGAAUAAUUUACCACUUAGUUACGGAUGCCUAAGUUGCGAAAACGGCUGUGAGAAGAUUUUUCGUUUGCAACGCCAAAUUUGAAUUGUUAAAACAAGAGCUUUCUAGUUGAUCGGUGUUGCUAAAAAUGCAGCGAAAGGAGUUGGGUUCGUCAUACUGUCGUCUUUUAUUUCUGAAAAACAUCUGUGCUUAAGAUCUCGUGUAGGAGUGUUUACUUCAAUUGACUUGUGAAAUAAUCCUGGACUGUAUGGCUUUUUCCUAACGUGGCCGAGGAUACUUGCUCAUAACUCUCAGAUUCAAAACUAAAACCGAUAGCAACCUGGUCUCUGGCGUUUUCCCGCGCUUAGCAUUGGGUUCUAACAACCUUUCGGUGCUUAGGAAAAAGCUUGCCAAAUGAUUGAUUCAGAUCUAACAGCACUAAAAGAAGCUGAAUUCAGAGAAACAGCGCAACAUACGUAACCAGAGAAGAAGCAGUGUGCCAGAUUCUUCAGGAUUACCUUUGAGACGCAAUUGAAUUUUCAAAUGUCUCUAAGUCAUUCUUUGCCUAAGUUGUCCCAGGGAAACAUGAGACUGUAAAUUGGAUAAAGGGUAGGGUCUAUUCCGGACCCGUAUGUGUGCUGUUGACUUCAUAGAGGGCCAACGAUAGCGUUUAGCCUACUGAAUUUAAUACUAGUGGUAGAUCUUACGGUUAAGCAAGUUGCUUAUUCGGAUUAAUAUGCCAAGGGAGCAUUGCUUCAUGGAGAGAACUUGAAAAGAAAACAAAAAUUGAAAAACUCCUAGAUCUCAAGAAACGUUUAUAGAUGAAGAGCAUUUAGGCGACAUACAAACUCGAGAAGAAAUAGUGCACAAGAUUCUUGCGAAACAAACCAACAAACCAGUUCCAGUUGUUCGAAGGGUGAAUAACGCCCUCCACCAGAUAAAUCUCUAUCCGGUGGAUAGUGCAGUAAGUUUUGUUAACACUUAUCCGCUGGAUAGCGUUAUCCGCCCUUUAUACAACUGGGCCCAAGACAAACCGUGAGGGUGCGAGAUUCUUGCGUAACAGACAAGAAAACUACGGCAGAAACAGUGCGUGAGAUUCUUGCGUAACAGACAAGCGAACUACAGAAGAAACAUUGCGCGAGAUUCUUGCGUAACAGACAAGAAAACUACAGAAGAAACAGUGCGCGAGAUUCUUGCACAACAGACUAACAAACCCAGGGAAUAAAUUGUGCGCGAGAUUCUCGCAUGACAGACAAGCAAUUUACACAAGAAACAAUACACGAGACUAUUGCGUAACAGACCAACAAAUCAAAGAAGAAAUGGUGCGCGAGAUUUUGGCGUAACAGAUAAGCAAACUACAGAAGAAACAGUGCGCGAGAUUCUUGCUUAACUGACAAACAAUCUACAAAAGAAAUAAUGCGCGAGAUUCUUGCAUAAUAGACAAGAAAACCACAUAAGAGACAGUGCGCGAGAUUCUCGCGUAACAGAAAAGCAAACUAAGAGAGAGGCAGUGCGCGAGAUUCUUGCACAACAGACCAACAAACCCAGGGAAUAAAUUGUGCGCGAUAUUCUCGCGUGAUAGACAAGCAAUUUACACAAGAAACAAUACACGAGAUUCUUGCGUAACAGACCAACAAAUCAAAGAAGAAACGGUGCGCGAGAUUUUGGCGUAACAGAAAAACAAAUUACAGAAGGAACAGUGUACGAGAUUCUUGCGUAACAAACUAACAAACUACAAAAUAAUUAAUGCGCGAGAUUCUUGCAUAACAGACAAGAAAACUACAGAAGAGACAGUGCGCGAGAUUCUCGCGUAACAGAAAAGCAACUACGAAAGAGGUUGUGCGCGAGAUUCUCGCGUGACAGACAAGCAAUUUACACAAGAAACAAUACACGAGUACUUACGUAACAAACCAACAAAUCAAGACAGACAAGCGAACUACAGAAGAAACAUUGCGCGAGAUUCUUGUGUAACAGACAAGCAAACUGCAGAAGAAACAGAGCGCGAGAUUCUUGCGUAACAGACAAGCAAACUGAAGAAGGAAAAGUGCAUGAGAUUCUUGCACAACAGACCAACAAACCCAGGGAAUAAAUUGUGCGCGAGAUUCUCGCGUGAUAGACAAGCAAUUUACACAAGAAACAAUACACGAGAUUCUUGCGUAGCAGACCAACAAAUCAAAGAAGAAAGGGUGCGCGAGAUUUUGGCGUAACAGAUAAGCAAACCACAGAAGUAACAGUGCACGAGUUUCUUGCGUAGCUGACAAACAAACUACAAAAGAAAUAGCGCGCGAGAUUCUUGCGUAACAGACAAGCAAACUGCAGAAGAAACAGAGCGCUAGAUUCUUGCGUAACAGACAAGCAAACUGAAGAAGGAAAAGUGCAUAGGACUCUUGCGUAACAAACCAACAAACCAGAAACAAUCCGUGCCCGAGAUUCUUACGUAACAGACAUGCAAACUACAGAAGAAACAAUGCACGAGAUCCUGGCGUAACAAACCAGAACAAACAAUCCGCGAGAUUUUUGCGUAACAGACGAGCAAACUUCGAAGAAACAGCGGACGAGAUUCUUACGUAACAGAAAAGCAAACUACAGAAGAAACAGUGUACGAGAUUCUUGCGUAACAAACUAACAAACCAGAACAAAUAGUGCACGAGAUUCUUGCGUAACAGACAACCAAACUACAGAAAAAAAACACUGCACGAGAUUCUUGCAUAACAAACCAACAAACCAGAACAAACAAUGCGCGAGGUUUUUGCGUAACAGACAAGCAAACUACAGAAGAAACAAUGCACAAUGUUCUUGCGCAACAGAGAAACAAAACCAGGGAAGAAACUGUAGGCGAGGUUCUUGUGUAACAGAAAAGCAAACUACGAGAGAAACUGUGCGCAAGAUUCUCGCGUAAUAAGCAAGCAAUCUAUAGAAGAAACAAAGCACGACAUUCUUGCGUAACAAACCAACAAAUCAGAACAAAACAGGGCGCGCGAUUCUUGCAUAACAGACCAACAAACCAAGGGAAGAAACUGUGCGCAAGAUUCUCGCGUAACAGACAAGCAAACUUCAGGAGAAAGAAUGCACAAGAUUCUUGAGUAACAAACCAAAAAAUCCGAGAAGAAACAGUGCGCAAGAUUCUUGUGUAAGGAACAAACACACCCAGGGAAGAACUGUGCGCGAGAUUCUUGGGUAACAGACAAGCAAAACUACAGAAGAAACAGUGAGCGAUAUUCUUGUGUAACGAACAAACAAAUCCAGAAAAGAAACUGUGCGCGAGAUUCUUGCGUAACCGACAAGCAAAUUUAAAACAUAACAGUGUGCAAAACUCUAGCCCAUUAAAAAAGAUUUGUGCGUAAAAAUGAUAAAGAAUCCAGGAGAAAAAACAGUGCACGAAACUCUUGCGUAACAAACAAAUAAUCCGGAGAAAAAAUAGUGCACGAGACUCUUGCGUUGCAAACAAACAAUCCAGAGAACAGACAGUGCGCGAAACUCUCGCGUAACAAACAAACAAUCCAGAGAACAAACAGUGCUCAAGAACCUUGCGAAACAAACAAACAAUCCAGAGAACAGACAAAGCACGAGACUCUUGGAUAACAAUCCAGAGAACAGACAGUGCACGAGACUCUUGGGUAACAAACAAACAAUCCAGAGAACGAACAGUGCACGAGACUCUUGCAUUGCCAACAAACAAUCCAGAAAACAGACCGUGCGCGAGACUCUCGCGUAACAAACAAACAAUCCAGAGAACAGACAGUGCACGAGACUCUUGGGUAACAAACAAACAAUCCAGAGAACGAACAGUGCACGAGACUCUUGCAUUGCCAACAAACAAUCCAGAGAACAGACCGUGCGCGAGACUCUUGCGAAACAAACAAACAAUCCAGAGAACGAACAGUGCACGAGACUCUUGGGUAACAAACAAACAAUCCAGAGAACAGACGGUGCACGAGACUCUUGGGUAACAAACAAACAAUCUAGAGAACGAACAGUGCACGAGACUCUUGGGUAACAAACAAUCCAGAGAACAGACUGUGCGCGAGACUCUUGGAUAACCAACAAACAAUCCAGAGAACAAACAGUGCGCGAGACUCUUGCGAAACAAACAAACAAUCCAGAGAACGAACAGUGCGCGAGAUUCUUGAAUAACAAACAAACAAUGCAGAGAACGAACAGUGCGCGAGACUCUUGGGUAACAAACAAACAAUCCAGAGAACAGACGGUGCACGAGACUCUUGGGUAACAAACAAACAAUCUAGAGAACGAACAGUGCACGAGACUCUUGCGAAACAAACAAACAAUCUAGAGAACAGACAGUGCACGAGACUCUUAGGUAACAAACAAACAAUCUAGAGAACAGACAGUGCACGAGACUCUUGGGUAACAAACAAUCCAGAGAACAGACUGUGCGCGAGACUCUUGGAUAACAAACAAACAAUCCAGAGAACAAUCAGUGUGCGAGACUCUUGGGUAACAAACAAACAAUCUAGAGAACGAACAGUGCACGAGACUCUUGGGUAACAAACAAACAAUCUAGAGAACAGACAGUGCACGAGACUCUUAGGUAACAAACAAACAAUCUAGAGAACAGACAGUGCACGAGACUCUUGGGUAACAAACAAUCCAGAGAACAGACUGUGCGCGAGACUCUUGGAUAACAAACAAACAAUCCAGAGAACAAACAGUGCGCGAGACUCUUGCGAAACAAACAAACAAUCCAGAGAACGAACAGUACGCGAGAUUCUUGAAUAACAAACAAACAAUGCAGAGAACGAACAGUGCGCGAGACUCUUGCGAAACAAUCCAGAGAACGAACAGUGCACGAGACUCUUGCGAAACAAACAAACAAUCCAGAGACAAACAGUGCGCGAGACUCUUGAAUAACAAACAAACAAUCCAGAGAACGAACAGUGCGCGAGACUCUUGCGAAACAAUCAAACAAUCCAGAGAACGAACAGUGCGCGAGACUCUUGCGAAACAAACAAACAAUCCAGAGAACGAACAGUGCGCGAGACUCUUGCGAAACAAACAAACAAUCCAGAGAACGAACAGUGUACGAGACUCUUGUGAAACAAACAAACAAUCAAGAGAACAAACAGUGUACGAGACUUUGGAAGAGAACAAAAAGUACGCGAGACUCGCGUAACAAACAAACAAACAAGAGAACAAACAGUGCGCGAGACUCGCGUAACAAAGAAAGAAAGCAGUGAACAAACAGUACGCGAGACUCGCGUAACAAACAAACGAGAGAACAAACAGUGCACGAGACUUGCGUUACAAACAAACAAACAAACAAGACAACAAUUAGGACGCGAGACUCUUGCGUAACAAACAAACAAACAAUCCAGAGAACAAACAGUGUACGAGACUUUGGAAGAUAGUUACAUAACUUUAAACAGACUAAAAACCAUACAGUGCGCUAGAUAUUUUCCUAACAAUUAAAUAAACCCUCUCAACCGAUCUAAAGCCAGUCAUCACUUGGUCAUUUGCACUCCCUCGGUUGGAGCUAUAUACACGAGGUUUUCUUGGUGCUAUUAUCAGCUUUUUGUUGUAUUUACCCUUGUUGACUGGACGUUUUGUAUUUUGCAAUAUUCAUUCGAAAUUUUUACUCGUUGUGGGAACAUCUACUAACCUGUCCCACUCUUGCGUUUGCCUUUUUAGCUGUAAAAGCACAACAGAGGAGAGUUGCGAUGCCAAUGUUAAUUCUAAGGAAAAUUGCAAGGAACAGAAAGUUAGGGAAAAGAAAAACAAGAAGUCGAAGAAAAAAGAAAAAGAGCGUAAAAGUGGAAAAAUAAAGCGAAAAUAUACAGAAACAAGAAACGGACAGAAUUUUACGGAUGAGCGUGGUACUAAUGAAGGCGAUACGGACAACAAACAAACAAAAAAGAAAAAGAAGGCAAGAAAAGUGACUACAUAGUGCAAUUAUAUAUUCACGUACAACCAUUUAUAAUUGGUCGGAACCGUACCACGUUACCCACACAGUACAGUCCGAAAUCGGAUCAAACUGUUAAAAAUCAGACAGAACAGUUCAAAAGAACACGAAACCUUUUGAAACCAAAUGGAACAGCUCCAGAGAGAGUGAAAGCGCGCUAAUAGAAACUCCUCCACAAUCAGAGAGUACCUCUGAAAUUGAACCGAACAAACUG